UAGGAGGCCUGGGGCGGGGCGGCGCGGCCAAUGGCGCGGGCUGGUUUGAUUCAAAGGUGCAUAUAAAGCGGGUCCGCACGCGCCUCGCUCCCGAGAGCCGACCCGUCCGAGCUCCGCCAUGGCUCUGCGGCCCGAGGCCCUGGACGAGCUGCCCGCCGACUGCCUGUCGCCGUGCGGGCCGCCCAACCCGGCCGAGCUGUUCAGCGAGGCGCGGCGCCUGGCGCUGGAGGAGCUGCUGGCCGGCGGCCCCGACGCCUUCGCGGCCUUCCUGCGACGCGAGCACCUGGGCCGCUUCCUGAACCCCGACGAGGUGCGCGCCAUCCUGAGCGCGGCCGAGCGGCCCGGCGGGGAGGGCGCGGCGGCGGCGGCCGAGGACUCCUUCGGCUCGUCGCACGACUGCUCGUCGGGCACCUACUUCCCGGAGCAGUCGGACCUGGAGCCGCCGCUGCUGGAGCUCGGCUGGCCGGCCUUCUACCGGGGUGCCUACCGCGGCGCCACGCGCGUCGAGGCGCACUUCCAGCCCCGCGGCGCGGGCGCCGGCGGCCCCUACGGCUGCAAGGACGCGCUGCGCCAGCAGCUCCGCUCGGCGAAAGAGGUGAUUGCAGUGGUAAUGGACGUCUUCACAGACAUCGACAUCUUCAGAGACCUGCAGGAGAUAUGCAGGAAACAGGGAGUUGCCGUGUAUAUCCUUCUGGACCAGGCUCUCCUCUCUCAAUUUCUGGAUAUGUGCAUGGAUCUGAAAGUUCAUCCGGAGCAGGAAAAGCUGAUGACAGUUCGUACUAUUACGGGAAAUAUCUACUAUGCAAGAUCAGGAACGAAAAUUGUUGGGAAGGUUCAUGAAAAGUUCACGUUGAUUGAUGGCAUUCGCGUGGCAACAGGCUCCUACAGUUUUACAUGGACAGAUGGCAAAUUAAAUAGCAGUAACUUGGUGAUUCUAUCUGGCCAAGUGGUCGAACACUUUGACCUAGAGUUCCGAAUCCUCUAUGCCCAAUCAGAGCCCAUCAACCCCAAACUCCUGUCUAACUUCCGGAUCAGCAACAAGUUCGACCAUCUGGCUGACCUAAAACCACUGUCCAAGGAGCCCACGUUGGGCAACCUGCUGCGGAUGCGGUUGGCCAGGCUCUCGAGCACUCCCAAGAAGAGUGACCUGGACUCAGAGGCGCCCAGGGAGGGCAAGGCAGGGCCCAAGCGCCGUGACUCUGAGUCGUCCACCAUGAGUGAGGAAGACCACUUCACCAGCCACAGGGAUGAGCUGCGGGGCAGAAAGGCUGCCGACGUGGCCACACAAACAGAGCCAGGGGAGGAGAUGCCCGUGGUGCACAUGAACGAGGUGGGAACACAGGUCAGCGCCAGCACGGCGUGUGCCGGCACCCAAGCCGCGGUCUCCACCAGGGCAGCGAGCUCGCAGACCGUGGUUUGGUCCAGGUCGGCCACCACGCAGACUGAUGUGGACGAGAACAUUCUCUUUUCUCAGGGAACCCAGUCGAAAGAAGGGUCGCCCGUCUCCAAAAUGUCUGUGUCGAGAUCUUCCAGUUUAAAGUCUUCCUCCUCUUUGUCUUCCCAAGGCUCCGUGGCAAGCUCCACUGGCUCCCACACUUCCCUCAGAGCCGCCGACAUCCACAGUCCUGGAUAUGCCAAGUACCUGGGCACCCCCCACUUGGAUCUGUACUUGAGAGACUCAUUUAGAAACCUGAAUAAAGAGCGGCAGUUUCACUUUGCUGGUAUCAGGUCCCGGCUCAACCACAUGCUGGCCAUGCUCUCGAGGAGACCAUUCCUUACCGAAAACUACCUUGGCUUUAAUUCUGGAAAUUUUAACAGAGCGUCAGUUAAUUUGCUUGCUAUCAGAGAUCUAGCACUUUAUCCUUCUUAUCAAUAAGAAGCCAGGCUUGACAUCAUCAAAGCUUCCUGCUUUAAAAAAUAUCACGUCCCUAAUUGCCUUUCUUUCACCUGACUUGUAGUCACCUUGGCUGUCUUUGAAUUCUAUGAGCUACACAUUCUUUUUAUGUGCUUUUGUUUUAUUUUUCCACGUAUAAACCAGGUGUUGGUUUCAUGGUUUAAACACUACAGGUACAGGUUUUUUGCACGAUUUUAAUACAGUCAUGCACUACAUAAUGAUUACAUGGACCACAUGUACGACGGUGGUCCCAUAAGAUUAUAAUACCAUAUUUUUCUAUGUUUAGAUACAUAAAUACCAUUUUGUUACAGUUUCCUAUAGUAUUCAGUACAGUAAUACGCUAUACAGGUCUGUAGCCUAGGAGCAAUAGGCUAUAUCAUAUAACCCAGGUGUGUAAGAUGUCAUACCAUCUAGGUUUGUGUAAAUACACUCCAUGAUGUUCAUACAAUGAAGAAAUUGCUUAAAGAUGCAUUUCUCAGAACAUAUCCCUGUCAUUGAGUGACCUGUGACUGACUGAUCGAUAUCUCUUAAAGAGAAUGUUUGGGUGUUCUAAGGUCAAUUCAGGUAAGAAAUAUGUUUCGCAUUUUUCUUAAUUUGUGUGUUCUUCUGUUUCAGAGGUUUGGAUCACCACUGUUUUUGUGAUCAAAAUCCUGUUUAGAAAAACAAAACUGUUUCUUGUUUAUGUCUUUAGAAUAUCUGUGUUCUUAGCAUUAAAUAAAUGUAAACAACUUAUGAUUGCUUGGGUACUUUUAUUCCCCCUCUCUCUGGCACUUUUUUCUUUAAAUCUAGGAGUAUGUCACAAAUGAAUGCACCUAUUAGAUACAUAUGCAAUUAUUCUUACAUUGUCAGGGUGGGGAAGAAGUAGAUGAUCCAGAUUGUAAAAGAAAGGGAAAAUAUAUCCACUUAAAACUUAGGAGAUAUAAAGCUAGAUUUAGCAUUAUACCUUCAUUAGCUUUUUGAAUAUUAAUGCUCCUCUAUAGUUUGAGUGAGGAAAGUGGCCAGAAAUAGCAGGCCUUCACAUGUGCUCUGGCUGUUCUUUUUUCAGAGGAGGAGCCUGAGCUACUUCCAUUUGGAUCUUGGUUUUCUGCUGCUCUGCCAAAGGAGGCUCUAGCGUACAUUCCUGGAUUCAUCCCUGAUAUUAGCUCUCGUGGCCCCAAGGACCUCGUUUCAUCAGAUGGGUGUUUUGACAGUGACUUAGCAAUCUGAUAUCCUGGAGUAGGGGCAAAAGAGGACACUGACAAUUAUCCUAGAUUCCUGAUCCAGUGGCAGGCAAUGUAACUGGUUUCUACACCCUGCUAAUCAAGGCUGUGCAAUCCUGUUUUCGUCUCAUUCACAUGGACAGACAAAAGGAAGAGAGUUAAAUGCUGGCUUCUUCCUUCUCUUGAUUUGGCUAGAGAAAAAAAAAAGAGAUUUAUAACAGGGGAGGGCAUUGUCUGCCACCUAGAAUGCUGAUGCACCCGGUCCUGAGUGCUUCGGCACUCAUGCAUGUGCCAGGACUGUCUUAGGAUGACCAGGUUAUUUGCUGGGUUAGUGCUGUAAUCUGGCCAUGAAGCAAAUGUAAGGAAACUGGUCCAUAUCUGGUUGUAAACAACUCUGAGCUAAGCCUUGAAUAAAUAUAUUGUUAUUCGAAAUCAUUUUACAGAUAUAGGUCACUUUAUUAUUUUUCAGAGACACGGUCUU